UUACAGGUAGACUAAGAGAGCGAGAGAGAAAGAAAGAGAGAGAGAGAGCGGGAGAGAGACAGGGAGAGGGGGAGCUCGUUUGUUGCCACUCGUCUAAGAUCACACGCCCGUCAGGAGAAAGAGAAAGAGAGACCUGAGAAGGAGGAGGAGAAAAGAGAGAGAGAGAGAGAGCGAGAGAGAGAGAGAGAGAGAGAGAGAGAGAGAGAGAGGUCGGUCAAUUUUAGUUUUAUCUUAGCAGUGGGUCAUUUGAUAAGAUCCAUUUGGAGCCAGGAGCGACCCGCAGCGCGCAGGAGCCGCAGCCACAGGCAGAUCAUCUUAAUAAGAGCAGCAGUCAUAAUUUCAGAGGCCAGCAGCAGAGAGCACAUUGCUCCACACAGGGAAAGAAAAAACACAGCGAGAGAGAGACGCGGAAGAGAAGUCAGUGAAAGAGGCUGAGUGAGGGACGAACGGCGAGACGCAACUCUUCCUGUGCGGGAUCGUUCUAAAAAAGUAAAGUCAAACUGCGAAAGCUGGAAGAGCGUCGGUGAAGAUGCCGCGGGUAGUCCCGGACCAGAGGAGCAAGUUUGAGAAUGAGGAGUUUUUCCGCAAGUUGAGCAGGGAGUGUGAGAUUAAAUAUACUGGGUUCAGAGACAGGCCCCAUGAGGAGAGACAGGCUCGCUUCCAGAAUGCCUGCAGGGACGGACGGUCAGAAGUAGCCUUUGUCGCUACAGGUACCAACCUCUCCCUCCAGUUUUUUCCAGCCAACCUGCUGGGAGAUCAGAGACAAGUUCCUACGAGGGAGUAUGUUGACUUUGAGAGAGAGACAGGAAAGGUCUAUUUGAAGGCACCCAUGAUCUUGAAUGGGGUGUGUGUGAUCUGGAGAGGCUGGAUUGACCUACAGAGGCUGGAUGGGAUGGGUUACCUAGAGUAUGAUGACGAAAGGGCACAGCAUGAAGACGCUUUGGCCCAGGCAGCAUUCGAAGAGGCUCGACGCAGAACAAGGGACUUUGAAGACAGGGACCGAUCACACAGAGAGGAUCUAGAGGACCCUGUGGUUUCUAAAAUCUGGGACUGAUGACACACAGACAGACAGACAGCCAGCAGAAAAGAACAGGUCCAGACGACAGCAGGACCCCAGCCCUGGCUCAAACAUGGCCAACGCUGAUGUGGAACACAAAAUGCGCUGAGGAUAAAAGGAAGGAGGAAGAGCAGUUCAGUUUCAACACAAUCUGCUGAAAGUAUUUACAGUUGUAGGCCAAUUGUUCACUACUUUUUCCUAAAAAAUAUAAUAUUAUUUGAAUGUAGAAGAGAAUAAAUUUACAAUUACAAAUUGAUUGAUUUGAAAGUGAAGAAAGCCCCUGAAUAGAAAGAUCAUAAUGUUCAACCUGCUAAACGUAGCUUAUUAUUACUUAAAUACAAAGGAAGGAACAUAGUGGAUUGAGCAUUACAGUGUAAAUGUGACACAUCCAAAGUAAAAGUUUAUGAUUCAGUUUAUAAAGAAAUUAUGGAGUUUGAUAUUUCUUGUCCAUGUCAAAAAAGGAUUAUUAUUAUUAUUAUUAUUAUUAUUAUUAUUAUUAUUAUUAUUAUUAUUAUUAUUAUUAUUAUUAUUAUUAUUAUUAUUAUUAUUAUUAUUAGCACAAGUAAAGUUUGCUCUAAAUAAAAGAUGUUAUAAUGGAGAGGGAGGCAUUGUAAGGGGUGCAGAUGUUAAUAACAUGUAGAACAAAAGGAAAGAGACAUGUGUUUGGCUCAGGGUCACGACCACGGUUUUUUGGUCAUGGUGCAGCGCUUCACAUUUGUGAACAUGGCCGUGUUAAGCCCACUGUAACGACUUCACUUCCUAAAACCUGCUGUUUUCUGAGACCAAAGUUCACUUUGCUGCGUGGGGGAGAAGGAGGGAGGGGGUCACUCAGACAUAUUAACACAAUUGGACAGGUAGGAUGAAAAGAUCAGGAGAACAUUCUGCCGAUCGUGGGGUUAAGAACUGGUACAAUAAUGCUGUACAAUAAUAUUCACAACCGCUUUAAAAUAUCGCUAUCGUAAAGAUCCAAUCACAGGUUAUGUAGCAACAACUUCAUGGAAGGACGGUUAUUAAAAAAUUGCUAGAAACUCUGCUUUCUGUGGCUAUGGGAGCAAUCGGGGAAAUGUUUUUGUAAGGGGGUGCUUGUGUGUUGGGGGGGCAUUUAAAAUGUCCUUUCUCUUACAAGGGGUUUUGCACUAUGUGACACAAUCUGUUGUGAUCGCCACAUGGAUUCCCUGUAAAUGCAUGAAACCAAACAAAGGCCUACUUACAGCAUGUUCCCUAUGCAGCAGAUUCAAAGCAGAGCUUGUGAUUACAGAAGAGAAAUAUCUGGAUGAUUCAAGACUAUAGUUUGAUGCAGUAAAGUUCAUCUGAGUUGGCCCCAAAACAACGUGUCCUUCUUAUUUCUCAUUUGACUUGGUGUCAUUGCUUUGUUAUGACUGUCAGCCAAAAAAUGAACAUGGCACAUGUGAGUGCACAUCUCUGAAACAAGAGUGCACUGAUUGGGGUCAGUAUAAGCCUCAUGUCUCCAACAUUGGUCCAGUAUUUCAAUCAAACUAAAGAACUUUUUGAUUGAUCAGUCAUCCAGAUAUUACUCCUAAUCCAACAACUGUAGAAGCCUAAAUGCAAUCUAAAUUCUAUUCCCUGUCCUGUUACAGCACUAGUGUGAUGAAAUGAUACAUGUUGUAAUCUUAUGAUUUUGUUUUGUGAAAGUCAUGAUGUUUACUUUUUUAUAUUACUUCUCAUCUCUUAUCAAUGUAUCCAUUUGUGUUCAUCUUUCAGCUUUGUUACCAACUAGUAGUAGGAAUUGGGAGCCUAAGGACCUUUGUUGCGUUUGUUGUUCAUGUGUUAUUAAUCUUAUUUUAUUAAGGAAAUCCACUUUCUGGGUUAAAUGUAUUGGAUGUGGAAUGACUCAUGACCUGUUGCUAGGCGACAUACGUGUUUUUAUAUUGUACAUUCAAGGCUCAUUUCAUUUCCCAGUGUGUUUUACAUUAGCUGAACGGUUUUAUUAUAAUUAUUAAAUCUGUUGAUGUUUUUCUUUCCUUUUA